AUGGCGGCGCCGGAAGUGAAAACCGAGACAGGGGCGCGCACGCAGCGCCGCUCUGCCCGCACCAACUCUAUCGAUUUCUCCUUCCCAAAGCUUGGCCAGAUGAAGGAGGCUGCGAGGAAGAGGAAGAUGCCACGGGCCCUCCAAGCAGCUGUGUCCAGUUCUGGACUUUCUUCUUCUUUCCUUCUUGCUUCCUCUCCUUGUUGCUUUUUCUUCUUGUUCUUUCCCUUCUUAUUCCUUCCUGUCCUUUUUCCUUCUCUUCCCUCCUUCCUCUCUGUCUUCCUUCUCCUCCCCUUCCCUCUGGGCCGGAGGCAAAUCCCCUCCCUGUCCUUCCUUCCUGCCCCAGGCCCCGAGCUGAGGACGGAGGGCACGGAGGACAAAUCCCCCCGGCAGACCCUGGUGGGAGAGGCCGUUUUGAAGGGCUCCACAGCGCAGGAAGGCAGUGGGGAGGAAAAGGGCAGGAGAUCCCUCAGGAGGAGGGGCUCCAAAGCCAGCCCAGGGUGCUCUGAGGAGGAAAGACCCAACCUGUGCUGGGAAAGUGGCCGCAGCUUGAGCCACAGCUCUGAGCUGGUGGUCCCUGAGCAGCCUCCCAGCAGGGAGAAGCCCUUCAGGUGCUUGGAAUGUGGGAAGAGCUUCAACAGCAGCUCUAAGCUCCUCGCCCACCAGCGUGUCCACACGGGGGAACGGCCCUAUGAGUGUGAGGAAUGUGGGAAGACCUUCCUCUAUAGCUCCCACCUCCUCACCCACCGCCGGGUGCACACGGGGGAACGGCCCUACAAGUGCUUGGAAUGCGGGAAGGGCUUCAGCGUCAGCUCCCGCCUGAUCUGUCACCAGCAGAUCCACACUGGGGAACGGGGGCCCCGACCCUACAAAUGUGGGGAAUGCAAGAAAAGCUUCACAUACAAUUCUCAACUUGUCACCCACCAGCGCAUUCACACGGAUGAGAGGCCCUUCUGCUGCACUGACUGCGGGAAGGGCUUCAAACACAACUUCACCCUCAUCAUCCACCAGCGCAUCCAUACAGGGGAGAGGCCCCACAAGUGUGGGGAGUGUGGGAAGAGCUUCAGGCAGAGCUCUGCCUUGACCACACACCAACGGACCCACCAGUAAGGGAAGCCCUGUGAGUGCCCCGACUGCGGGAAGAGCUUCAUCUGCUGCUCCAAAUCCAUCACCUAUUGGAGGACACACCUUGGGAACAGGCUUGGUGACCCACAUUCCCAGUGACCCACCUUGGGAACAGGCUUGGUGACCCACAGUCCCAGUGACCCACGUUGGGAAGACCCCUGGCUGGUGGACUGUGGCAGGAUAGUCCCAGCCUGGCCAGACCCAAGGUCCAAUCAAGCUCAUAAUCAAGCUGUCACACAAGAUCAACUGCUGGAGCCAGGCUGUUGUCUCGGUGUUAACUCUGCUCAAACCAUCCUGGUUGGUCCAGCGUUGAACACACACCCUGCUGGUUGAAGUCUGAGUUGACAGAUAAGCUGAGAGCUGGCCUGGAAAGGCGGGCCUGGCACUCAAUCACUUUAUCCUAUAAAAAGUCCAGUCCCCUCUCAUGCAGUCGGGUUCUUUCUGACAAAACCCUCCCUGGGGGGUGUGUGGAGAUUCCUCCCUUGGCUGGGGAUGCCCUCCAAGGUCACUCCUUGAGGCUGAGAGGAAGAUCUCCCCACAGGCAUUGGUCUGGGUGAGUUACAUCAGAUCUCUACUUAAUAAUUAUUUCUGUUUUCCAGCUUUAAUAGAACUGCUUCAAUAAAUGCUUUGUUCCAGUGCCCUGUCCUACUUUAUGCUGUAUUAGACUCUACUAGUAGACUUUUAGUGUUUGUAUUGUUUUAGUGUUUCUGUUGUGCAGUAAAUAGUUCUGAUUAAGGGUUUUUUUCUGAUCAUUUGUAUAAAGUACAUCAUUCAUUUUAUAUAAAUAUUCUUGUUUUGCCAUCAUUAAAACCUGUGGGACAAAGUGGUUUAA